GGGAGGCGUGAGCGCGAGGGGUCUGGCUCUCAAGCACUGUCACUGCAGAGGCCUCGCGGCCCAUUUACGCCGACCCUUCUCGGGUGGGGGAUCAAGGUGGCCAAGGCCCUGCACUUUGAGGCAAGUUGGCCGAGGCUGGCCCCAUCAAGGCGCCAGCUCGCCUGACGUUGGGUCAGGGCUUGUGCCAAGAUCGCCCAGGCUGUCCUCCGCAACAUCUCUCUUGCUCUGGCGCGUUUGGCCCGCAGCCCUCGGCGCCCAGUGCUUGUUUGCGAGACAGAGCCGUCGGCGACCCUGCCCGAAGCAGCCAUGGCGCGCGCCUCCCUGAUCAGUUCGCUGAUGGUGCUGGCGCUUCUGGCCUUCGGCCUCCGCUGCGCCUUCGUCCCGGCGCCCCAGGCCAGCCCCGCCCGCCUCCCGGAGAUCUCUCCCGCCGCCGCCGCGGUGGUGAUGGGCGCCGCGCCCGCGAUCGCUGCGGAGAUCGACGCUGCCGAGGCGUACAACCGUAAGGUCCUGGAGGGCGCAGCCUACGGCGGGAUGCUGUGCGUCUUCAUGCUCGGCCUGAUCGUCCAGGGGGUCCGGCGGGACGUGGGCAACAAGUGGCUCAACUGAGCGGGGGCGUUCGGGCCCGCUGGGCACCACAGUCGGCGCGGCCGAGCCCGUGCUGCUGCCGGGCUUGCAGCCUCCCGCGCUCGCGGCCCCUAUCUCCCGCUGGCUGGGGGAGGAGGGCCUCGAACAGGAUUUGCCUGAGAUGCUGGGGUACGGUCGCGCUGAGCAGACCCAGAUAUCCCAUGUCUUGUUUCUCAAUGUUGGCCAGGUUGGACCCCAAACAGGGAGUUAUUCCCAACUGUCCGUCGGGUUUGCGUCUUGAAGAAGGCAUCGUUGUCUGCAGCCUUCCUCAUCCCGCCUCAUUCCUGCUCCCUCCUUCCUCCGCUCUCCUCCCCUCCUACUACGACUCCCUCGCCACUUUCGAGGGCUGCUGGGAGAGCCAGCGUAGUAGGUACCGAGUGCAGACUCAAAGUAGCCUCUUUUCAUCUCUACGUGAUGCUCGCCAGGGCCACGAAGGUAGAUAACCUUCUGAAGAUAACUGACCCCGGGCUCGAUUUCCUUGCUCGCGGGCCGCCCGCAGACCUGGCGGCGCGCCAGCGAGUGUUCCCGCGCUGAAGGAUGCAGGCAGGAAGCGGGGAGGUUGGCGGGCGAACUGGACCUCGCUCGUUUCUUGUACUGGG